GCAAAAUGGCCGCCAUCUACAUGCGAAUGCUGGGCUACACCGUGACCUUGACAAUGCAUAUUAUUAACACGUAUGUGUUAACCAGCUUUCUUCAGGGCCCAGUCAUGGAAGACCCUAACAUUAGGACCUUCACCGCGAUGUAUAAAAGAUUCUUUACCGUCUGGACUACGUGCCUCCAAAUCCUCGUAGCGUCGCUGGGUCUGACAUCUGACUACCUCAUGCUAAAAUACUCAAAAAAGAAAGAACAAGAACCUGAUUGGCUGAGGGUUAUGAGGAGCACGAAGAAUCGUCUUUUCGCUGCUGUUCUUUGGCCUACGGUUUUUCCAGAUGUGUGCCACAAAUUCCUGGAUAACUUCGCGGACUUCACGCAGUACCUCAUCGACGACGCCGACAUCGGGGCCGUGGCGUUCGAUAGCGACUACAAGGUGAACCUGCCCAAGAUGUACAAGGCCGCCACGUACCUGAGGAGGCCCGAAGUGCACUUUAUGAACGGCCCGACGGACAAGUUCGUGCCGGUCAAGGGACAAAUGACAAUAGGUGUGGCAUUCGCCGCCGAAUUGGUGUCGGAAUUAGUAAACAGGGAGCCCAUAGGUUUGGGGAAGCCGUCAAAGAACUUCGGAGUGCUCGGGAUGAGACGAGCGGGGGUGACUGACCCUAGUAGAGUGUUGUUUAUCGGAGAUACGCUCGAGCAAGACGUGCGCCUAGGCAAGAACACUGGCUUCAAAACAUUGCUGGUCCUAACUCAGCACUCGGAACAAGUAAUGAUGGCUGAACCUGUCGCCCUGCAACCAGACUUCUUUGCCCCGUCUUUAGGAACUAUAGUACCUAAGUUUACAAAAUUAGUGAAAAACUAG